AUUAACCACGCCCCGCUUGCAAUCACCUCCUAUAAAUACAGGUGUUAAUCAGCCGGCCCUUUCUCUUUUUUGCCUCCUGGCUAACGAUUGAGUUGGUAAAGACGGUGAGAUUUGCUUUCUUUAUUACUUAAAGUAACUGGCUGACGGGAACCUCUUUGCCUGUGAGGGUGAAAGUUACCGCGUUGCCGCGUGCUGUUUGUGAAGGAGCCUCUUAACCUAGAGGAUUAAGGCUACAGUGUUACUUCUGUUGUAAAGCCAAAGAAACCUCUUUGUCUGUGAAGACAAAAGCUAGCUGAGCUGUUUUUCACUUCCCUAUUUAAGAUGCAAGAGGAAGACAACAUUGGUUUCCCAGCAGAGAUCCCUGCAGGACAAGUACGUCAGCCUGAGCAGAAUCUUCAAGAAGAAGGUGUCAGGCGUAAGCACUCUCGCAAGCGCAAGCAUGUAGAAGUGGAUCAUCUUCAGAGACAGAUGCAAGGAAUGCAAGAGACUCUGAAUAAUUUGUUACAGGCACAACAGUGGCCGGUGGGGCCUCCAGGCCCUGGGGAACUGGUGCAAAAACAGCCAUGCCGCCACCCAGAUGAGAUAUCUGUGAUAGCAUCUGGAGUGUUUGGAAGGGAAGGCAAUUCUAUGCCAUCAGAUCAAGAGGACAUCUCUGAUUCAGAAAUGGAUUACUCUUCUCAGGCUUCGGAUCCUGUUCCUUUGGAUCCAUCAGAUAAGGCGGUGAUUGCUAGAGCAGCAGAACGGGCGAACCUGGCUUCACAACCUGCCUCAACAUCAACUUCGGUGUUUGAUAGAGGCUCUCAGCGCCGAAAAACGGAAGGUUUGCCUAUACUUCCAGACUUUGUGACAGAGUUGCAUUCUUCAUGGAAGGUUCCAGGUUCCACUGCCCUCCCUAAGACACAGCUGGGCAACCUGGCAGGGGCGGCAGCUUGCACGGGCUUGCUUCAGCUCCCAGAUUGGGCCCACAUUUGCUAUGUUGGCAGGAGCAACCACCCGGGCUGGCAAAGAUGCUAUACACCCUAA